AGUAAAUUGGAGUUAUCGUACUUCACAGAUUACACUUUAACACUAAAGACUUCCAACAAUUUAUUUAGUAUUUAGUCUAUUCUUAUGUUCGUCAAAGUAAAAUGAAUGGCCAAAUAUUAGGCAAAUAAAAAUUAACAUAACACACAAAUGGGUUAUUCAAAACUUAUAUAUGUAAUUCUAACUAAAAGAUACUUUUAAAUUUCAUGAAAUAUACCUCUCAUCUAAACAAGUAAAGGUCGACGACGUCGUCGUAUUGUCUUAGUCUUAGUCUUAGUCCUAGAGCACCGAUAUAAAUUUAUUAUAAAAUAAAUCACCAAUUUUUAACUAAUUUAGUUUAAGUUGGAUGAAAAUUGUCAAUAGUAUAGGCUUAAGUUUUUGUCAAAUGAUGCAGAGAUUACCCCCACUUCCCUCAAUACAAGAAAUAAUUCGCAUUUAUGGCCUUAGUGCUAGAAAGAAAUUGUCACAGAACUUUUUACUUGAUCUAAAUUUAACAAAAAAGAUAGUGAAAUCUGCUGGAAUAUUGGAUGGUUGCAUCGUCAUAGAAGUUGGACCAGGUCCUGGAGGGAUAACUAGGCCCCUACUCAAUUCUAAUGCCAACAAAAUUAUUGUUAUUGAAAAGGAUAGCAGAUUUUUACCAAGCUUACAGGUGACUUAUUGAUUAAAUGAUUUGCAUGUAAUCAUAAUCAAGUUAAUAAAUAGUUAAUGUUAGUAUGUUAGGAUUGCUACACCUGAGGCUAAAGACUAAAGAAAUAAAAUAUAUAUCUAGGGUCAUAAUUAUCUUUAUCUUAUUAUGAAUAGCUUCAUAUUCUAAUGCAAAGGCUUUUGAAAGGCAUUCUGACUGUAUGAAUUGACUGUAUGCAUCAUAAACCACUGGUACUAAUGAAAAAUGUAGGGCUGUGCAGAGGAUUUUUGGGCCCAUGGAAAUCCAAACUUUAGGCCCCACAAUUUAAAAGGAUCGAUUUCAGCCCAAGCGGGCUGGUCCCUGAGUGAUUUACUUGAACUGCCUUGGCCUCUUUAUGGCCCUGGGAUAGCCUAACCAACAACCCACAAACAUGUUAUUUGAAAAGCAUUUUUAUAGCCUAAUACCAAUAACUAAUCAUAAGUAGAUGAUCACAGAUAAUCUUUUAAUAUCUUUACUUAAGGCUUAGGCUUAAUAAACGCCACAAUGAAAGUAUAAACAGUAAUCUUCCUGGAAAAUAAUUUAAAGCACAAGUUUCAAUGGAUCAAAUUAUUUAUUUUUAAACAUCAGUAGUAUAUGAGAAAAAGGACACACUUGCUGUAAACUAAUUACUGUUUAAUAAUUAGUUUUUAAUAUCUAAAAAUUUUAAAGUUUUUUUUACUCAAGUUAGUCUUAAAUUUGAACUUGUUUAAGACAAAUCAAACAAAUUUUUAAUUUAAUAAUGAAAAUGUAAUUUAAUCAUUUAUGCUUUAGUUCCAAUCUAAUUAAUUUUAUUGUGUUUAUGAUUAAUAAUAUUGUUCUUUUGAAUCAUAUGAAUUGUGUGGAUUAGCUUAUUUUGUAAUAAAUAUUACUUUUCUGAAAUAUACUUGGGACUCAAUGUACCGGUAAUCCGGUCUUUUUGGAAUUCAGAGAUAUGAGCAGCUUGUACAUAAAGCAACAUUAUAAUGAAAAGGAGUAACUCUUUCUUUUUUUUUUUUACACCUCUAUAUAUGGUAUAAAAUGGUUGUCUGCUACUACAAUGUAGAUGUUCUUAUGAUGUUCCUAGUAACUCGUCACCAGUGUAUAUUUAAUAAACUGGUAUUAAUUUAAUCAUUUUUAUCUUUGCAUUACCUGUAUCACAAAAUUUAGAUAUUGGCUGAGGCUAGCAAACAAAGGCUUGAAGCUAUUCAUGGAGAUAUUCUUUCCACCAACUUAAGCAGUCUGAUACCCUCUGCCUGCCAGACACAGUGGGACAGCUCACCUCCACUGGUUCACAUUAUUGGCAACCUCCCUUUCAGUGUCUCAACGCCUUUGAUUAUACAGUGGCUUCACAGCAUAUCUACCAGGUCAUCGGCAUGGUCAUUGGGGCGAAUCCCUUUGACUUUAACAUUUCAAAAGGAAGUAAGUACCUGAAAUAUUUUCUUUUUUUUAUUGGUCUUUGAUAAAUUUUUAUCUAGUCAAAUUUAAAAAAAAAUUCAUGUAGUAUUAUUUAAUACUUGCAAGCAAAGCCAAUAAAAUAUUUUUCACUAACUUACAUUUCCUGAUGCUAUCUUAAAUAUUAUGAACAGUGUAAAGAAAUUGUUUAUUCUACACCAUGCUUGCUAUUUCAGGUGGCAGAGAGAAUUGUGGCUCCUCCCAAAUCAGAAUACAGAUGUCGAUUGUCUGUAAUGUGCCAAUACUUAUGUGAUGUCAAAUUAAAAUUUUCCAUACCUGGUAAGUUCCUUAGAAAAGAGACGUCAUAAAUGUCAAAUCUUUAAGGAUAUUUAUCUUUACAUCAUUUAUCUGUUAUGUAGUUGAUCUGUUUAUUUUAACAUCAUUUAUCUGUUAUGUAGUUGAUCUGUUUAUUGUGAAAUCAUUUAUCUGUUAUUUAGUCGAUCUGUUUAUUUUAACAUCAUUUAUCUGUUAUGUAGUCGAUCUGUUUAUUUUAACAUCAUUUAUCUGUUAAGUAGUCGAUCUGUUUAUUGUUGCAUCAUAUAAUUCAUGAAAUGAUACUAUUUCAGGCAGAGCUUUUGUACCUCCGCCAAAAGUGGAUGUUGGUGUCGUCCAUUUUGUGCCGAAGAUCAAACCAUUGAUCAAUCAACCAUUCAAAGUUGUUGAAAAGGUUAACCGUCAUCUCUUCCAUUUACCAAACAAAUAUUGUUCAAAAGCUGUGAGGUAAUCAUUAAUUCUUAGAAUCCUCUGAAAGCAUACAAGGUCUGUCUUUAACUCAUUCCUGACGUUUUCGACUAAAUGUGUCUUUUACGGGUUUUGACGGAUGCGUCCAAAUGCGUCCCGGCGCAUAGUGACACACCUCUCUCAUAUCUAUUUAAAAAUAGCAAUGAAAUCUCGCAUCCCUCGAGACUUCCGCCGUUGGCGUGGUUCAGCGUGAUUUUAAUUUAAAAACCGGAAGUUUUUAUCUUGUUUCACUUUAAAACUACGUGUGCUAUAGUACGGCGCAUCUAUAUGUAGCAUGUGUUCGUCCGAGGUGCCGAAAAUUGAUUUUUUGGUAAUUGUUCGUUAUUUUUUCCGCGCUAAUGUUAUAUUUAUAUUAAACCUUAUUCAUUUUUAGGUGCAUUUGUUCUUAAUUCAUUAACAUUAAAUAAUAUUUAGUAGCUGAAAUACAUAUUUAAAAAAUGAAAACAAUUUCAAAACGGGGUUACUUCCCUUUCUCAGGCAAAUAAAUUAAAUACGGAAGUAGCAUUGCAGGAGGGAAUGAGUUAAACAUAUGGCUCAAAAAUAACUUUUAGUGCACCAAAUCAUAUGUCGAUUAAUACCUUAAGCAUGAAAACACUUUUUGAAACAAAAUAUACAUUUUUUUUUUCAGAACCUCAUCUGGCUUUAAGUAGAUAAAAGGUGUCACAUAUACAUGUUGAAAACAUUGAGAGUUAUGGUUCUUUAUUUCAGUUCAAAUUUAAGGUUCUACUUCCAUUUUAGACUUAAAUAUUUGCAGGAUAUUUUCAGUAACUGCAUCAUAUAAUUUUUUAUUUAAAACUACUACAGUAUAACUCUGUUAUGUCGACGGCCUUGGGUUUGCCUAAUAGCGUCGAGAUAAACAAAAACCAAUAUGGUGGCAAAACAGUAACAUGUGCUUGAAAUUUCUAUAUCUACACGAUGCACGUUUAUAAAUGAGCUGUACAUGGGUUACCGCGAUGUGUUUGAUGAAGCUAUCGGCAUGCUAUAAAAAUGUACAUACAUGUUUGCUAACAACACAAGGCAUAUGUGGGGUGUCACUUUUCUGGAUUAUCCCAGAAUUCCAGAUUCGUGAGGCUAAAUAUUUUUCAGCUCCGGAUUAGCGAGUUUUUAUUAUCUCUCGGUCCGGAUUCGCCAUUUAUUAUAUUCAAAUACGGAUUUUGGGUUUUUAAAAAAAAAAUAAACCUGUAAGAACGCGUGAAAGCCUAUUAAGUAUUAAGCGACAAGUGGGUUCGCUAUAAAUAGAACAGGUACAGCGACCUCGCCUCUCUCUUUUGUUUGCAAGCCUCUCACUUUGUCAAGUUAAUUGCGAGGACAACAAUAUUGUCAUUUCAUUUCAAUUACUUCAGUUUGAAGGAGGCACGUAUCUGUUGCAUAUAAUUUUCAAAAGCAGGCGAUUAGUCAUGGGGAUGGAGAUAACCGGGGUUAAGUGGCAAAUUUAGCCACCUUUUGUACUCGAGAUUUCAGGGUUCGGUGACAUAAAAGAAUCAACAUAACUGAGGAGAAAAUGCUAAGACAAAGAGGUCCGAGGUCGAGAUAAGGGGGUUGGACUGCAUUUGGAAGUAUAAUCUUUAUUAAAGAUAAUUCAAUGGAAAUUUCAGCAUUAAUGAAGUAAGAGUUGUGAUGCCACUGACCUAGGGUGGAUCAAUUUCUGAAAAUGUGAAAACAUUAGUACAAUCCAAAUAAAUUGGCUCUUAAUUUUAAGUACCCGGUAUUUUCAUUUUCAUAGUGCCUUGGUUCAGAAGGGAUAUUGCACUUGAAAGGCUUUGGCAUUUAUGAACACUAUGUUAAAUGUAACGCAUGCUUAAAUACCUUAAGAUUUCAGUAGCGAUUGAGUUUGUAAAAAUUGUGUUUGAACUUUAUCCUAGAAUAGAAGUUCCCGUAAGUGAGUAUUAUGAAUUAGCACAGUUAUUUUCGUUUGACAUUUCCUGAAUGAAAUCAUUCUUAACAUGAAGUCAUUCUUAACAUGAUGUUGCAGCACAUUUUUCCCAUUGGAGCGAGAGGACUUGUGCACUGACAUGAUAGAGUUGUCAGGGAUCAACCCAGAGAAACGACCGUUUGAACUCUCUGUGGAAGACAUCAGGAGGUUUUGUGACGCAUAUGUUGAGAUCCUCAAAAGAGAACCAGAACUAUUUGAAUAUGACUUUAGAAGUCAGGCAUCUUCAAAGGAACGGAGGAAUAAAGGAAAUCUUAUCCAAAGUCUGGAAGAUCAAAUAGGAAAUUCUAACCAUUUUGAUGAUGAUGAAUCUUACCUGAAAGGUGUGGGAGUCAGGUAGCACACGCAACACCAACAAAGACCUCAUUUGUUAGAUAGUCUUGUUGGUUUAAGUAAAUCAGGUAGCACACACAACACCAACAAAGACCUCAUUUGUUAGAUAGUCUUGUUGGUUUAAGUAAAUCAGGUAGCACACACAACACCAACAAAGGCCUCAUUUGUUAGAUAGUCUUGUUGGUUUAAGUAAAUCAGGUAGCACACACAACACCAACAAAGGCCUCAGUUGUGACACAGUAUUUUCAGUUUAAAUAAUGCUUUCCAUAGCUGCCAGAUUGUGUGAUCUGAACAUAUGAAAUUUUCAAAUUUUCACUUCGGAAAUCACUGGGUCCCUUUAAAAAUGACAAAGAUAUUUGUUAGGAUAUUUAUGUACAUUUUUCUUCUUCCAUUAAUUUUGUCAAGAUUUCAUUUACCAUGCAAAAAG